AUGGCUCCUUUUGAGGUGGCUCUUGACUAUGCUUGUGGCUAUGGUGCAGACUGUUCAGCAAUUCAACCUGGAACAGGUUGCUACAAUCCAAAUACUCUGAAAGACCAUGCUUCUUAUGCAUUUAAUGACUACUACCAGAAGAAUCCAGCUUCUACCAGCUGUGCAUUCGGAGGAACUGUUGUACUUACAAACAAGGAUCCCAGUAAUGGGAACUGCCGCUAUACAUCAUCCAAAACACCCAUCAUGAGUCCACCAACACCAACUUAUGUAAGCCCCCCAACUCCACCAAGCACUAUGACACCAACUACCCCAAGUACCAUGACUCCAACUACCCCAAGUACCAUGACUCCAACUACACCAGGUAUUAUGACACCAACUGCACCAGGUAUGACAACAAUUCCUGGUGGAGCAUCAGUCUAUGGUUCGGGACCAACAGGAAGCCCCAAUAUAGCCACAUCUGUUUCACACUCUGAAUUGCUGUUAUUUACCUUAUUUGGCUUGUGGGCUUCACUUCAUGUACAAAACUACACCUAGAUGAUGAACAAAGGGCAUUCAUUCUUCCUCUAAAACACCAGAAAUUACUCGGUCUUCAGCAGCUNUUGCAAGACUGCAAGGUGGCAGAGUCAACAUGGCCUAUUUGUCAUAUGAGUUCUCUCCAUUAAAACUAGUACUNCAUCACAUAAAUGUAUCUCUGAUAGAUCAUAAAGUAUGAGAAACUGAUAGGCUUGUAGACAGAUAUUUUACAAUAUUAGCAGAGAAGAAUAAAUUAUUAGAUUAUCUACUUCCAUUCAGAA